AGGACCAAGAUCUCGCAUGCGCCGUAGUAGCCUACUCGCCGCUUUAAACCAAGGCUGGACAGAUGUUAAGCAGCCUGGUUGAGGGGUGAAACUCCGGGAAAACAUUUUAAAGAGGCAGCUGAAGAGUCAACGCUGACCAUAUUAAUUUAGGGACAAAAUAAAUAAUGGGCACCAUGUUGAGAAAAUAGUUCCAGAUAUGUCAGCAGCAGGAGCGACGCGGAAAUGUCCACAACCGAGCCACAGCCAAAUCGAGUCUGUGGUAGAGGAUGACAGCAGCUGGGUCCUGUGGAGCGGUCAACGCCGUCUGCACCCAAGACUCCUCCCACUCACCUAAAACAACCUGCCCACAAACCACAUGGCCCUGCCCACUCUGCUUCCCACGGCAACAGAAGGAAGAGCUCGAAGUCAGACUCCGCCUCCGCUCCCCUCCUGGGGCGUGGCUACUAGCGGGCGUUGUCGUGGUGAUGGUGGGAAUGUUUGUGGCCGUGGCCGGGUAUGCUAGCUCCACCCCUAACCCUGUGGGUGGGCGAGGCAGCUCCCACAGCGAGCGAAUGAAACUGCUCGGCCCUGUCGUGAUGGGCAUCGGCCUGUUCAUCUUCAUCUGUGCUGGAACCUUGCUGUAUGAGAACCGGGACCGUGAGAACCGAGAGCGUGAGAACCUUGAGAACCCUGAGGAGCAGGGGAAACGCAAACACAAGAAAACAAGGGAAUGGCGCCAGGAGAACCGUGAUUGUGAGGAUGUGGAACAGGGGAACCAGAGAGAGCCCUCAGAUAGACACUCCCCUCUCCCUGAGGAGUGCCCGCCCCCCCUGCCUCCCAGAGUGCCUAGACAGGAGGGGUUAGAGUUGAACGUUCUCUCUGUGGGGGCGCUGAGCUCACUGCUACCAGGGGAGGGACAGGGGCGUGAAGAGAGAGUCAGAGAGGUGGGGGGUAAAAGGGGGUCAACCCUGCUGACCAGAGUCCUGCACCACCAGGACCCCCCCCCCUCCUGUCCCUCCCCAGCUCCCUCCUCUGUGUACUCUGACUCCUGUAACUCCAGUGAGAUCAACUAUAACGUUCAGACAGGCUCCCCUAUCCACUCUAUUCUCCAACUCUGAGAUACUACUGUACUCACAUCUGUACACACUUUUCUAAAUAAAUGCAUCACAUAUUUCUCUAUCUCUCUCUGUGGUUGAUAUAGGCUGUAGAUGCAGUGGAGUGUGUUGGGCAUCUCUCUCUACCCCUCCAGGACGGGCAGGGGGAGACAGGACUAGGUGACGUCAGCUUGUUGUGUAGUAAAGUCUCUCUCAGGGGUGUUUGACUGUAUUUGGGCUUAGGAGAGGAUUCCACUGCAGACAGUGACUGUGGUGCCAUCCUGAAUGAUGCACGUACACACACACUAAAUACGGCCAGACAUUCCACUAUGGAACAGGCUGCUUUGGAGAACUUUGAUUCAUGAUGUCGUUUUAACUGUAACUCAAAGUUUUAUCUAAUAUUAGUGACUCUGUUUGUCAUGGCUGUUCUCCUAUAGGGUUUCUGUUUACACACACCCAAACUUGGUUCAAGAGAUGGAUGGAAAUCAUAGCAAUGAAAACAAAGUUAAUGCCUUCUCAUAGUUGGCUGUGUACAUGCUUACUCUUUACUUGAGUUAGAUGUUACUACCCACUGGCCAAUAACUGGUCGAAUCCACAUUGUUCCACUUCAUUUCAAUAAAACAUUUGCAAAAAGUCA